CAAGAUGAGUUACACCGCCUUCCAAAUUGAAGUUCUCGAGCGCCACAACCAGCUACGCGCAAAGCAUUCUGCACCACCUCUACAGCUUAAUACUGGAAUGUGUCAAUAUGCUCAGCAAUGGGCCAAUAAUCUGGCAAGCAGGAAUAUGUUGCAGCAUCGCAGCAACAACCAGUACGGAGAGAACCUCUACGCCUCGUAUGGGAAGAGUAGUGUGUUGGCUACGGAACCGGUCGACUCGUGGUACAAUGAAAUCAAGAAUUAUACUUUCGGUGCUGCCAACCCGUCCAAUUUCUCACAGGUUGGCCACUUCACCCAGCUGGUGUGGAAGAAAUCGCGUUCGCUAGGUGUUGGAAUAGCUGCACAGGGCAACAGAAUCUACGUCGUGUGCAACUAUGACCCUCCCGGCAACUACGGUGGUCAGUAUCCUGCCAAUGUGACUAGUUUCUCGCAGUUUCAGCUCGAUGUGCUGCGAUGCCACAACGAAUUGCGAGCAAAGCAUUCUGCCCAACCGUUGCAGCUUAAACAGGAGCUAUGUGAAUUUGCCCAGCAAUGGGCAAACAAACUGGCUGCCGAAAAUAAACUGCAACAUCGCUCCACGAACAAAUACGGCGAGAACCUGUAUGCUUGCUUCGGACGGCGCAACAUAGAAGGACACGAUGCUGUGGACUCUUGGUAUGGGGAAAUUAAAAAUUAUACCUUCGGUGCUCCAGACCCGGGAAACAAUUUCCCUAACGUAGGACAUUUUACCCAGGUCGUGUGGAAGGGUUCCCAGCACUUGGGAGUGGGUAUGGCUGCCAGGGGUACGAGUGUGUUCGUUGUGUGCAAUUACGAUCCACCAGGAAACGUGUACGGUCGAUACGCGGACCAUGUGUCAUCAAAGUGAAGUGGUUAAGGUGAAAA